AUGGCUGCCGCUAUCGAUCUGUCGUCUAGUAUUGGUGAUAUUGAGCCAACAAAUGACAUAACGGAGAUGGACUUUCAGUCCGGCAAUGAUGUUGUCGCAAGUACGGAGGAUGUGCCGGUGAGACGGGAUCCGACAAUCACGCUCUUGUCCCCGCUGACUGGUGCACAGCCGGUUGUUUGGUCGCAGGAUCACCGGCUUGCAGUGUGUACGGCCAGCUCAUUGGCAGUAAUGGAGCUAGUCUGCGACGUUCACACAAGCGAACAGGAGUUGAUACUGAACAGGACUUCAAUUCCCGUCCCCAAUAAGAGUUUCAAAAUGCGAGUUGGACCUCCAACAGAGCAGGCUGAGGCAAUGAACCACUUUAACACACAUCCUGAUUGCCCCACAAUGCAAGAGUUUCUGCUGGAUAGAGCAAUGAAUCUCGUUGGAGAACACAAAGGAAUUAAAUAUGCUAGUUGGUCACCAUUUGGUUGUGAUUCCAGUGGGCGCUGCUUGCUGGCGUGCUUAACGCUUGACCACAGACUCACCAUCCAACAGACCCAGAAGCGUCUUGUAUGGAAGACGCUGGUCGAUCUCAGCGAUAAGUACGGUGAGGUGCUACAAAAACGAGACUAUGCCAAAAAAGAUGGCCAGCUGCCCGGGAAAAAUCUCUUGGACUUUGAGGAGCUUCAACGGCGGUAUCAGAUGCAGACCCCUGUGAAGAUGGAAUGGUCAAGUAUUUACACGGUCAAACAAGUGCAGUCUGACAACUCCUGCCUCGAUGUAGAGAUGGUCCUUCUUGCCGUCUUGAUGGAAAAUGGCGACCUUGUUUUGUGGAAGUUUGAGUUGCCCUUUGAGAACGGCACAGAUGUUGUUUUUUUCGAUGCCAUUGAGUCAGGUGUGAGCAGACCCAGUGAUUUUGCGUGGUGGGAGUACGAAAAUGCAAAUCGGCAAAUGAGCGGCUUGAUCGUCGGUAGUGAGUUAGGCCCUAUUAAAAUCAUGCCAGUCAGCUUGGUGGGCGUAAAGGGUUACUUCACUCUCCGACACCCCAUCAUCCUCUGGAAAGAGUGUGACCAUAUUGCCGUCGAGAACCUCAAAUGCGUCUCGCUUGUCCACCCGCUUCUCAAAUCCAGCUGCAGCCUCAUCGUGGCUUCUCGCGGUUCGUACAUCUUCUGGUGUUUGCUCAUGAUUAAGCCAACUGGACUAAAGGUGCACAACUCACACGUGGUGGGCCUUCACUCGCUCCCCGUGAUGUCGCUUGCACUCAGCCAAAGCGGUGUUGUGUACACUUGCUCCACCAAUGGAUGGAUCAAAAAGCUGAUGCCAAAAUUCACUGAAAGCACUUUGACUUUCAAUCAAGAGAGCAUGUUGUGUCCAGAAAGUUUGACAAACCGGCGCUUGCGUGGGAUUGCGGUGAGCCACAAUGAAGCGUACAUUGCACUAGUCAGCACACAAGGUAUGGUUAAUUCAUUUCACUCAACUCUCAGGACCUACCAGGUCAAUUUUAUAGCUUUAAAAUUACCAGAAACAGCAGCUGGGCUCAUGCUGAACUCCCAGUCACAGAACCUAUACAAGCAAGCCGACCUACUAGACCUUGUGAGGUGGAGCAUCUUAAAAAACAAAUGCAUUCCUGAAGCGCUGCAGCAGGAGCUAGAUCAGAAGAUCCAGGAGAUUGACUCUACAUACUUUUGGCGCCUAAAGCUUUUUUUAGUUCGUUUUCUGCACCAGUCACUUCAGACACCGUUAACAGACCACCACUGGAAACCUUCUGAAGAGAUCGCCAAUGCACUCACGCAAGAUGAGGAGGAAAAGGAUGGAGAAGAGGACAAUGGUUUGUGUGAUGCGACCAACGAAAGUAAAGCGGGAAAACGGAAGAAUCCAAAGGAGCAGAUGAAGGAGUUGCAGGCAAGGAUCAAUUUAGUGGAGACCCAUCUUGUGAAAGAGAACAUGAAGAAGUUGCUUGGUGAGGUGUACCUCAACACCCAGAAAACACAGAAGACAUGCAUUCCCACUAUUGGGUUGGCUGAGCACCUCUUAAAGGACUCUGGUGACAAAAACACAGAGGUCUUAAUUGGUCACAUCAAGAAAAAGCUGAACAAGCAGACGUUCCCGGAGUGCUGCAGCCUGUGUCAAGAAGUGCUUCCCUUCACGGACCACAAACAAGCAUUGUGCGAAAACGGUCACAUGUGGCUCAGGUGUGUUUUGUCCUAUCAGGCGUGUCAGGCUUUGACGUUCAGACGCUGUCUCUUGCAGGAUAGCAUCUCUGGAAUUCCAGACCCUGACGACCCACAGUGGAUAAAGAAGAUACUCCAGGCGCCAUGCUUGCUCUGCGACUCGCCGAUGAUGUAA